AUUUGUAUAAAUUUAUAGUAAUGAAACACGACACUGAAGAUGUUUUAAUGCUUUUGAAACACUUUCUAGGCAGUUAAAUUGCAUCUAAAUGCAUUUAAAUUGUUCAACAUUUUCAAACAAAUCAAAUAAAUCAGCACAGGAUGAAAUGGAAACAAUAAGACCUUUUCACUUCUUUUCAUAUAGUGAACAUGCAUUUGAAUUUAAGUUUCAGACAUAUUUUGUCCUAAAUACAUGUAAAAUAUUAAGUCAAAUUGUUUUUCUUUUUUUGUUUUUUUUUUCAAGCUGUGAAUUCACAAUUAGUCCCAUAAAGCGUUAAGUAAAAAAUGUACAUAAAUAUAUGUACUCAUUUCAUAUAUCUUAACAUACUUUUAAAACACAUAUUUUAUUGGUUUCCACAUUUUAGCAAAUUUCUCAUACAUUUCUUUUAAUGAGUAUUUAGCAGUUUCUGAGAACCCAAUGAUGUUUUGCCCUAUUGCUUGGUUGAAUAGUCACACAUUUUGUUAAAUCCUAGACAGAAGGGUCAUCUGAGGAGAUGUGGUCAACGUGCCACCUUUUCUUAUGAAAAAAAUAUGUAUCUAUUUAGACUGUUUAGGACCUAGGCCCACACACAUUCCUCAUUUGUGAAAUUGCAUUCAGUCUGAUCUUGUUCACCCUCAUUCCCACACAGAAUGCAUGCCCGCAUGAACGGUUUUCAACUGUCACAGCAACUUCAUAAUUAUCUUUGAAAAUAUGUACUCGGCAUUCAAUACUGUAAGCAGCAGCUUCAUUCUAAACUAGUGAAAUAUGUUGCAGAAGAUUGUGACGGCAUUUAUUUCUCAAGGGUAGAGUAGAAAACAGGCUAAACAACAUUCUUAAAACAUAGACUGCUUUUAAAACAGUCAGACUCCAAUCACACAAUCAAGGAGUAAGGACGUUUUAAGCUGUUGUAAGUAUUAUAUUUCUACAUUCCAGAUUGAAAUAUCCUGUCAAAUGUAAGUGUUAUGCUUUAAUUGGGAUUUUAGAGAGUUUACUUUUCUUGAGUUGAGAACUAUGACAUUACGUGCCAUGUCAACUUGUGAUUUUGAUUUGAUGGUGUCAGAUUGUGUUUAAAAGGAGGAAAAGAAGGCUGUAUGGACCAUGUGUUACUCACACACUGAGCUCAGAGUUUCUCCUGAAAUUACAACAUCAUGGUCUACUUUCUCCUUCUUGUCUUUGGACUUUUGUCCUUCACAUCAAGCCAAAUAUCUCACCAGUAUCACUUCAUAAAUAUCAGAAAGAACUGGACUGAGGCUCAGAGAUUCUGCCGUGAGAUCUACACUGACCUGGCGACUGUGAAUAAUGAAGAUGAGAUGAACAGCUUGUUCAAAACCAUAACUGAUAAUUCAUAUGAUGUGUAUACUGGACUUUAUAGAGGUGAAGUGUUCCAGUGGCACUGGACCCUGCCAGACAGUGUGUACAACGAAAAGACAUUCCAAGACUGGAAAGAAAAUCAACCAUAUACAAAUAAUAAUGAGGGCUGUGCUGCAAUGGACACCAAUGGGAAAUGGUUUAGUGAUAGCUGUGAUUCACAAAGACAAUUUGUCUGCUUUAAUGCCACUAAAACGUAUGUCCUGAUUGAGCAGAACAAAUCCUGGAGGGAGGCCCAAGAAUUUUGCAGAACUUUUCACACAGAUCUAGUGAAUGUCAGAAACUCCUCAGAGAAUCAAGCUGUCAAGAAGACUGCAAAAAAAGAUGUAUGGAUUGGACUAUUUAAAGACCCUUGGUCGUGGUCGGAUCUGAGCAGCUCUUCUUUCCGUUUCUGGAAUUCAAGUCAGUUAAGUAACAACAGAAGAGACCGUGACUGUGUUACAGUGAUGGUGAACCAAACAGGGAAAUGGAAUGACGUUGAGUGUAACACCACUCAGCCUUUCAUCUGUCAUGGUGAUCUGAAAUCUCAAUCAACUACUAAAGCAGCUACUACUGAUACUGAGGGGGGAAACAGAAGCACACAACCAACACAAAUACUCACUACAGGUGCAGAGCAAGAUAACCUGAUUCUGGUGCUUGAGAACCUGACGUGGACCGAAGCUCUGACUUACUGUAGAAAGCACCACGUGGACCUGGUCUCCAUUCACAGUGAGGAGCUUCAGAACAGGGCAGCAAGAAAAGCCACCCAGGCUUCCACUUCUCAUGUAUGGCUGGGUCUCCAUUACACCUGCACCUUCAACUUCUGGUUCUGGAUAAAGAACAGAGAAGCGGGCUGCUACCAGAACUGGGCGCCUGGUCAUGGGCCACAUGGUUAUGAGGAGUGUGAGUUGUCAGGAGCUAUGGAGUCCACUGGAGGGCACCGUUGGGUUGGGAAGCCAGAGAGUGAAAGACUCAAUUUCAUCUGCGAAAUAUGUACUAAUGCAUUUUAGAGGCAGGGUAGGUGAUGUGGUUUAAAAAAAUGUUUUGUUAUGUUGGUUGAAAGUCUCUUCACAUUGUGAUUGCAACCACUAAGUUAAGUGGUCUAAAUCUAUUAAUAUGUAGUUUGUGGAAGGUGUAGGACCAUAAAAUGUUUGGUCUGAACUCUGAACAAUAAAAUAGGCUGCCCUGCCUGCCUGUCAAAAUUAUGUAUUUGCAUACCUCUGAGCACCCUGCUUGCGCAGACAUGAUAUGUCAUCAGCACGUUUCAGUGAGAAAGAAAGGCGCUAUUAUUGUAAUAUUAUGCUUUGCACUGUAAUGUUUUCUCACCAGUGAAUAAUCUGAUAGAGUUCCAUUCAAUCCUCAACCAACGCUGUCUUCAUCUUAGCUUUGCAGAGUUAUUAUGCAGGGAGGGUGGGGAUCUUGUUUUCAAAGCUAACUUGCUAUUGCUAACCUUUCCGAAAUCACCUACCCUACCUAUAAAGAAUAAUGGAAAACCAUGAAGAAGCAGUCAGAGAGAAACUGCUUGUGUUGCACUUUUAUUUAAUCCUAUACAUUUUGAAGUAUACUGUGAGAUUUACAUGUUAUUCCAUGUAAACAUGAUAUCCAUCAUAAACUGUAAUCAAAACACACAAUGUAGCAUUGUCUCAUCUGGUCUAUGAAAUCAUGUAUUUUUUUUCCUUCUCUAUUUGUCUUUAAUUUAAAUUUGGUCAACGGGAAGAGUCGCCAUGUGAAGAAAAUUCAAAAUAGUGAUUUAAUUUCAUAAGAUAAUGUAAAAAGCACUUUUAAUUAUAAUUAUUAACAGCAAAUAUGUGAUCUGUAUCAGAAAACAUUUUUGAUUAAGGCUCCUUUUAUAAACUUUAAUUGUUAUAUGCUUAUUCUGAAC